AUGUCCACCUCAACACCAAGUAGCACGCCCAACCCACCUCGCACCACACGGCACGAGAAACGACUGCUCUCUUCGACUCCCUUACCGCCGACCGAACGGACUUCGCUCAAGCAGUUCCAGGAUCAACUCGAACAGGCCCAUCAGAAGGAGGCCCUGGCGAGGGUCCAGGCCCAUCAUCACCAUCUUCACAAUCAGAGUACCGUGCAGGACAAGUUGGCCAAACUGAGCCUAGGGGGAACCGGCCAGCUCAACGUGGGCGCGGAUGCCGCCACUACCCCACUUGCAGCAGAGCACCACCACCUCUUGGAGCAAAGCAGCAACAACAAUACGGAGGUGGUCGACGACGACGACGACGACGACGACGACGACGACGAUCCGAGAUCCUUGAGGGUCAGUCAGGAUUCCCCCAAACCCCACCUGGAGAUCACGCCUCACACACCUUGCAUUUCUCGCAGGACCGACUGCUGACCCCCACCGAGCGAUCCAACGCCGCGCUCGCCUCCCUCCUCGCUCGUACGCUCCAUCUCCAGCACGGUGAACUCGAACUUCACUUUGGAUCACACAACCUCGCCUCCACGUCCCUCUCGUCUCUGUUCGACGUUCCCGAGUCAUCCUUACCCGCCGACUCGGACACACCUCCCCCCACGCCGCUCCUUCAAGUUCUCCCCCUCGAUCAGGUCAAGCAGAUUGCCGAAACGAUCCAGAGCCUCGCGCACGAGAUCGGCGCCGAUGCCUCGGUCCUCCACAACCCCUUUGACCGAGCACACCUCGACACGCGGCCAAAUGCACCAGAAGUGACCACCACCCCAAGCGCAGUCAAUGACGAAGCCACCACCCAAAGAUGGAGCAACAAGGCCCUGAGGAUCUUGGUCCGCAAAAUCGCCGAGAGCGCACAGGAUCUGAACGAGGUCAGGGUCGCCGUCGUCGGGAAUGUCGAUGCCGGUAAAUCGAGUUUGUUGGGCGUACUCACCAAGGGACGCUUGGACGAUGGGAGGGGGAGAGCUCGCGUUUCGCUCUUUCGUCACAAGCAUGAGAUCGAAUCGGGCAGGACCUCGUCGGUCGGGAUGGAAUUGCUUGGGUUCACCUCCAAAGGUCAAGCCGUCAUGCCCGAAGCUGCUCAUGCGGCCCUCCUCGAGAAAUCAACCAACACCAUCCCCGCUGCUUCGACAUCACCCGAGCCCGAAACACCCGUAUUCCAACAGGGUACGGGCUUGAGGAAGCAACAAUUGUCGUGGGAAGAGAUCUCGGCCAGGGCGAGCAAAGUCAUCAGUUUCUCUGAUCUGGCCGGACACGAGAGGUACCUCAAGACCACCCUGUUCGGUUUGACCGCGACCUCACCCGAUUUCGUGCUCUUGAUCGUCGGUGCGAACGCAGGAUUGAUCGGGAUGAGUAAAGAACAUCUCUCUGUCGCGUUGGCACUUUCCGUGCCCGUCGUGUGUGUGGUGACCAAGAUCGACUCGACCCCCGCGCACGUGCUCGAACAAACGAUCAAACAACUCGUCAAGAUCCUUCGCUCUCCCGGGUGUCGCAAAACCCCCGUUUUCGUCAAAGACCCUGGUAUGGCCUGUGAACUGGCUUGUUCGUUCGCUCAAGCCAAAGCGUGCCCCAUCUUCCUCGUCUCCAACGUCACCGGUCAAGGGCUGAACCUGAUCAAAACCUUCCUCAACGUCGCUCCGAUCGCUUCCAAAGCCCAUUUCCCCCUCGACGCCGACUUCGAAUUUUCUAUCUCGGACGUAUUCUCCGUACCCUUCGUAGGCGCGGUCGCAAGUGGGACCAUCAUGAGUGGGGUAGUCAACGUCGGGGAUACGGUCUUGUUGGGCCCGGAUUCGUUGGGGGGAUUUGUGACGACGGCGGUGAAGAGUAUUCAGAGGAAGAGGGUCAACGUGAAUAGGGCCGAGGCGGGUCAGUCCGUCUCGUUCGCGUUGAAGAGGAUCAAGAGGAGUCAGAUUAGGAAAGGUGGGUGGAUUCAAGUUGAUCGAGUGGGUGGAGGGAUCAAAGGUACUGAUGCGUGAUUGGUUUGGUGUGACAGGUAUGGUCCUGCUGGCCAAGACGGAGAUCCCCCCCGUGGCGGUAACCAGGUUCGAAGGUCAAGUCUUGAUCCUGUAUCACAACACCUUGAUCUCAUCCCAUUACCAAGGUACGUCAAAGCCUUUGUAUGAACGUCACACCUCACCAGGACUGACUCAUUCGUUGUGGUCCCUAAGCUAUGAUGCACCUCGGGCCUAUUCGACAGACGGUACAGAUCGAGGCCAUUGUCGAUAAGGCCUGUAUCAGGACGGGGGAUAGGGCGACGUGGGUUCGCGUACACGAGCUUUCGAACCAAGACCCAAGCACUGACCCAUCCUUGCGCGCAGGGUUCAAUUCCGGUUCAUCAAACACGCCGAAUUCAUCCGUGUUGGGGAUCGGUUCUUGUUCAGGGAAGGAAGGACCAAGGCACUGGGCGUCGUGACCAAGUUGAUUCAGAAUGUGAAGAGUGGUGGAGUGGUCGGGAGUGGGCUGGGUGGAGGCGGUGCGGUGGUCGGAUAG